UCCUUCCGGUUCUUCGGAGGGCUUUUCAAAACACCCAACCAGCUGCGGGUGCUGCAUUUGAUCCGUUGAAAUAUUUGCCAUAUAUCAGCCUCUCAGGGCGAAAAUGUACGGUGAGAAGGCUGUUGAGUUGAUUCGUCAGCUCCAUCGUUCGCCAGAUGGGUCCAUGCCGCCAUUCAAUGAGGACGGGAUCCGACAAGUGCUUGAGGAGAUGAGGGUACUGUUUGAACAGAACCAAGCAGAUGUGAACAAAACAGUGGAAGGGGCACCUGGACUGUUUCCUGGGGUUCAACUCAGACAUGCAGCCUUGGAGAGAAACAAGAGAUGUCUGCUAGCCUACAUGUGCAACAGAAUGGAGAGACUUCGUGCCAUGAGAUGGGAGUUUGGUAGUGUGCUGCCUCCAGACAUUAGGUACAACCUGUCAGAACAAGAGAUCCAGUGGUUCAGUCGCUAUAACAAGUCCCUGGCUACAUACAUGCGAUCAAUAGGUGGUCCCAAUGGAGGAGGGCUGGACCUCACACAGGACCUGAAACCACCCAAAUCCUUGUACAUUGAGGUUCGGUGUUUGAUGGAUCAUGGAGAAUUUGAAACAGAAGAUGGCACAAUUUUGCUACUCAAGAAAGAUAGUCAGCACUUUCUACAGAGGUCACAGUGUGAGCACCUAAUACGACAGGGGGUUCUGGAGCAUAUCCUCUAGAACUACAUGAAGAGAAAACAGAGGGAUGAGGUUACCAACAUCAAAACUAUCAUGUACUAGGGAGUGACGAAUGGGAUUAAGCAUUGUACAAAUGACUGACAAAAAGUAAACACCUUUCGCUUGGUUGACAUUGCUCACAAAAUGACAAUACAUAAGAAGCUUUUUAUCUUCGGGUUACAGUUUAAUCCACACUGAUUGGUCUCGUACAAGGUCAUGUCUUGUACAGGCAGGUGGCAAGCACAGACUUGAUAAACAUGAUAACAAAGAAUCAGUCUUUCUCUCAAACACAAAUGUUCAUAAGGUAUAAUAAUAGCCUGCUACCAUGAGUACAGUGUGUUACUAUGGCAAGCACAAAACCUCUUUGGCACAUACUACUUUUACAAAUAUCUCACCUUAAGAUAUGGGAAUGUCUUGCACUUUAUACAACAAUACAGUUUUCUGAAGGGAAAACAAUGAUUGUUCCAAUGAAAUCUAUCACCUACACUUAUGCCUCUUUAUCAUGGCUUAGCUUACAGCAAUAACUUAACAAAGACACUGAAGUACAUAAUACGUGUAAAAGUAAAACUACACAACAAAAGCCUCUCUUCUAAAUCUUCUAAAACUAGUAUUAAUCACAACUUCUACAUCAAGAGAAACACAACAAGGAUGAGGAGUUGAGCCAAAACCUGAUGAAUUCUAGUAUUUAAAAAAAACAAACUUUUUUUGCCAAAUUUCUGGUGUACAUAAAGUUGUACUUGUUUUUCUGAAUAACGGCCAUCUUUGAUGAUGCCUGAUGAUCGCUAUUUCUAUAAUUUGUUUCCAUUUUGCUUCAACCCAUUCAUGAUCCUUCAUUGUCAUUCCCUCUUAUUGCUUCUACACCGGAAUGUUAUAUGAAGUGUAGAGCCAAUUAAGACAAGAUCCAGUACUUUUCAAUCUUGUGUAUCCAGGCAUGAAAUGACAUAUUUAGCAAAUACAACAAACCUGGCCAGUCACCAGAACACAACUCUAACACCAUAGUAACUUUCAUAUUUAAAAGAUUUAAAAAGUUUUGUUCAUAUAUCAAAACAUUCCACAAAAGCUGGGACUAAAAUGUCAUCAUCUUAAACCAAAGCUCCAAAGGCUUAUUUCUAAUACAAUUUUUGACCUGUCUUGUAAAAAGUCAUCAUCUAUAUCACUUGUGUUAUUUCCAUAUAUAGCUGUCAAACAGUGUUCUUACAUGUAACAUUCAACAGGUUGCUGACAAUGUAUGACAAUAAGAGUUGUCAAUAAACAUUUUCUUGUGA